AUGGCGGCUCCCUACAGUAGCCGCCGGGAGUACCAGGGGGAACAGGCCAAUCAAAAUGGCUGGGAAUACCCUUGGACACCUUCCAACAGUACAUCGCCUGUGUUCUCGAACCCAGGACAAAGCGUUUCACCUUCCCUUCGUAGGGCAGUGCCUGCCCAGGCUCCGUCCACUCCGCUCAGAUCUAUCGGUCCAAUUCUUUAUUCAGCAGCCUACGAAGCUGUUCCUACACCUUGGAGCGUGAAUGCUACCCCAGUAGCUUGUCCCAAUCCCACAAUCAGCUCCCAGACUGUCCCGUGGGCAGACUGGGGUCAUUCGUCCCAGUGUGAUCCCCCAUCACAGGGUGUUCUCCAACCGGCUAUUUCUUUCAAUUCUGUAGCGGCACUGUCCAAUGCUGGAGUCGAAGACCGAACUCCCGUGGAAGGUGAAGAUGGCCAUACAUGCGGCCAUACUAGUAACGCUGAGUAUGGUUGUGUCGAUCAAACGUUGUACCCCUCACGUUCUGACUGA